AUGUUUUACACUGGUGGUCUCCCUUUUAAUUUUGCUAGGAAUCCAAACUAUAUUAGUGCCUUUUCAUUUGCAGCUAAUCAUUCAUUGGGUGGUUAUGUGCCUCCUGGGUACAAUAAAUUAAGAACUACACUACUUCAGCAAGAGAAAACAAAUGUGGAAAGGUUAUUGGAACCUAUUAAAAGCACUUGGAUGGAAAAAGGGGUUAGUAUUGUUAGUGAUGGAUGGAGUGACCCACAAAGGAGACCUUUAAUUAACUUCAUGGUAGUUUGUGAAUCAGGCCCGAUGUUUAUUAAAGCUGUUAAUUGUGCAGGUGCUGGGGAAAUCAUUGAAGCUAAAAAUGUGGAAUCUAAUCAAGAGACAUAUGAUGAAUGUCAUUGGAUAACUGAUGUUUAUGGUGAUGUUAUGGUAAUUAAAAACUUCAUAAUGAACCAUUCAAUGCGAUUGGCUAUGUUUAAUCGAUUUAGUCCUUUGAAAUUACUUUCAGUUGCGGACACUCGUUUUGCUUCUGUUGUUGUUAUGCUCAAAAGGUUUAAAUUAAUUAAGGGUGCUCUAGAAUCAAUGAUUGUAAGUGAACAAUGGGGACAAUAUAGAGAAGAUGAUCAAGGCAAAACAAGAUUUGUUCGUGAUAAGGUGUUGGAUGAGAAUUGGUGGGCGAAGGUCAAUUACAUUCUUGCUUUUACUGCACCGAUUUAUGAUAUGAUUCGAAUGUUUUAUAGUGAACAGUGGCUUGAAGAAGGUGAAGGUAGAGUGCCUCCUCAUAUGGAUGGGGAAGUAUCUAUUGAGAGGAACAAAUGUUUUAGAAGGAUCUUUUCUGAAGAUGAGCGUUUUAAAGCAUUGGAUGAGUAUGCUAACUUCUCCCUCAAAAGUGGACCGUUCGAAGAUCCUGAUUCAAUUGGUGCUAGAUUUAAUACAGAACCGAUGAAGUGGUGGGCAUGUUUUGGUUCAAAUGCUCCAUUGCUUCAAAAGUUAGCAUUCAGAGUACUUGGACAACCUAGUUCCUCCUCUUGUUGUGAAAGAAAUUGGAGUACUUAUUCCUUCAUUCAUUCAAUUAGAAGGAAUAAAUUAAUUCCAAAACGUGCAGAAGAUUUGGUUUUUGUUCAUAACAAUCUUCGUUUAUUGUCAAGGGUUAACUCUAAGUAUUAUGAUGGUAAGGAGAAGAUGUGGGAUGUUGGUGGAGAUGACUUUGGGAGUAUGGAAGAUGUGGGAGUUCUUCAAUUAGCCAACCUGUCAUUAGAUGAACCAGAAUUGGAGUCUGUUUUUUUCGAUGAAGAUGCAAAUGACAUAAUGGAUAAGGAGAAUGAUCAAAUAGAGAAAAUACAAUAA